AGGUCCGAGUUGAGAUAAAACCCCGACUUAGUCCCCGAUACACGAUACUGAUAACGAACAUCCAGUCAAAACCUGACCUCGACCGUGUGAGAUAUUUUGUCACUAACCAGCUGGCUUUUGUUGAAUCAAUCCGUUCUUUACCAAACCAUGUUAAACAGAGCCAUAAUAUUUCUGUGGCCAUGCACUUUAAGUCCGGAGAAGUACAAGCCGCCACAAGCAGCCACACUCACACAUUGUCACUUACCCGAACAAACUGGUUCUUUUUUUAUCGAUCCGUUCCUAACCAAUCUGAAUGAAAGCUGGGGUCACGUGAUGUGAAGGGGGUUCCCCUGCGGAUGUACGGAGACGGCGAGACACAGACAGCAAGCAGGAGUGUUUAACGGACAGAAAUCUCCAGGUAUUCAUCGGAAAUCUGCAAAAUGGCAGCGUCAACUUCGUCUAGACCAACGAAAGUGAUAGACAUCCAAAAUGGGGAAGGAAUUCAAGUUGGUGACAACAACAACACCAACAAAAUAUUCCACAACUGCAUUAUCAAUAUCACCAACUACUACAACCAACCUCCUCCCCCAGCAGCUGAUACAGUCCCUGCACGAGGCCACACAACUAAACCUUAUCUCCGUCAAGUCCAAGUUCAGGUUAAAAAGAAGGCCAAGAACAAUGGCCAACCUGCAACGGCCCCAGGCAGACCCCACCAAGGACCAGCCUCCCAUGCAGUGAAGAUCUGCACCCAGACAGUGGUGGAUAGUGAGGGGAGUGUGCUCGAGCCGGGGGAUUGUGUGGAGAUAGGCAGCAAAGGAAACUAUAACUACGGUAUUUUUGUUGGUGAGACGAAAACACAUCACAGACCCCACAUUACUCCACAUGUACUCUCGACUUCAGCUGUAAUAUGCGUUGUGUUUGUGUAGUCUACAGUUCAUACGUUGUUUUCUGCUCAUUGAAUGUUGCUGCUUUGUUUGUUGUUUACUGCCACAGGCAUCAAUGUUCUAGCUACAUCACGGCAGCUGUAGGCAAUCAAUUCCGGGUACGUCGCUGAUAGCAUUAUCAACUUUCCAAACUCUUCCGAGUCAACUGAAAUACAAUCAUCCUAGUGAUCAUGACAGAGCCUUCCAGCCCUCUUAUUAGCGACUGACCGAUCGCAUAAGCGACUGAACUUUAAUUUGCUGAUUUGUUUGCCUCAUUA